AUGCGGCUACACUCCCGGUUCAUCAUCAUCAUCAUCAUCAUCAUCAUCAUCAGCAUGAGCAUCAGCAUGAAGGCGUUCAGCGUGUCUCUGACUGUCUGCACCUUUUUGACCCUAAGCGAUGCCUGGUCCAUCGACCCCACCAGCCCCACUUUUCAGCAAGGGGGCCUCUGUGAACAACUGAAGAAUAGCGUCAUUGGAGAGUUUGUCCCACAGUGUGAUGCUAACGGGAACUUCCUCCCGCAGCAAUGCUGGGUGUCCACCGGUUACUGCUGGUGCGUCAACGUCAUCACUGGGGAAGAGAUACCAAACACGAAGACACCACCGGGCGUCACACCUGUUCAGUGUGCCCUCUGCCAGGACCAGAGAAAGAAUAGCCCCAGAGUGCCUGGAAAUUUUAUCCCGCAGUGUGACGCAAACGGGAACUUCCUCCCCCAGCAGUGUUCUAGGUCCACCGGGUACUGCUGGUGCGUCAAUGUUUCCACUGGGGCAGAGAUACCGAACACGAGGACACGGCCGGGCGUCAAACCUCUUCAGUGUGUCAACAACUCCUGCCCGAAGGAUUGGUCGCACGUUGGAAAACGAUGUUUCAGCUUCAUCGACAGCCCGAAGACUUGGACUGAAGCCAAGGAUUAUUGCCUGAUUGAAGGAGCCAACCUGGCAUCGGUCCACAGUAAGGAGGAGAAUAUCUUCAUCCAGAUUUUGACCAGAGGAGACACCAACGAAUUCCCCCUAACCUGGAUCGGUGGCAUCGAUUGCAUUAAGUCCGGUUUUUGGAUGUGGAGUGACGGCACCAUGUUUAACUACGAAAACUGGUCCAAGGACUACAACUUGCGAGACAAAGAGAGAGCAAUGAACUGUCUGGAGAUGAAUUAUGGAUAUCGCAAGAAGUGGACCGCCGCCUCCUGCAAUGACACUCUCCCUUUUGUUUGUGCCAAGGAGAUCUGA